AUGGCCAACAGCCCAAGCAAAGUUGACCGAGAAGGCGCCGCGUUCAAAACAUCCAACGGGCAGGCCAAUCACAGGGUCCACGAACCUCACGACACCAUUGGGGUGGAGGCAUCCAGCAAUCUGUUCAGCCCUCAAGCAGGACAUAUCCUGAGGGAACUUAGCAAAGACUUCGAGAGACUCUUGUUGGACGACAAUUGGCUCUUUUCUCAACCGCGUACUCCAACCUCGGAGCGUACCGUUCUUGAACACGCAAUCAUAACCAAACUUUAUAAGAUCAUGAUCAAGAAACGGGCAGAGAAGAAGAUUCUUGAGGCCAUGCUCAGGAAGGUGCUCGGGCAAGACAAGGGAGAGGCCCACGUCGACAACACCGUGUCGGUAACUGGUAUCAUAAAAUUGGUCUUGGACGCAAUACAGGACGCUCUCGAUGCCAAACUGGAGGAGGACACAAUUCUUCGUUGGCCCGCCGCUGCUACCUCAUAUGAUGCCACUGCAAUCGAUGGCUCCGCAGCCGAUGCCGCCGAUGCCGUCAAUGCCACAGAUGGCGCCGAUGUCACAGCCGGGUCCGGGACAGGGAUAGAUGCCACAAAACAAGGAGAUGGAAACUCGCAUCCUCGGUACGGCCCGGGCCGGUGA